CUACACUUGGAUACUCAGUCUGAACUCCGUGAUUGAGCAGGGGAGCACAGUGCCGGAAGUAGGGUUUCGGGAUACGGACUUUUGGGAAAGUUUACACUAGAGUCACCUACUUUUCCGAAGGAUUAACGCGUUUCCGGGUGUCGGCGAUCGUCCGUUUUUGUUUCACUGUUCCAUUCAUCUACACUUCUACAAUGGGGCUCCCUGCGCUGGAAUUCAGCGACACCUUUCUCGACAGCCCUGAUUUCAGAGAGCGACUCAAAUACCACGAAAUUGAGCUGGAUCGUACGAAUAAAUUCAUAAAGGAACUCAUCAAAGAUGGCAAUAUGCUUAUCAGUGCGCUUAAAAGUCUUUCUUCUGCUGUGCAGAAAUUUUCCCAGUCCCUUCAAGAUUUCCAGUUCGAGUGUAUUGGUGAUGCAGAGACAGAUGAUGAGAUUAACAUUGCCCAGUCAUUCAAGGAAUUCUCCCAGCUGUUGAACACCGUGGAGGAGGAAAGACGGCGACUUAUACAGAACGCGGAUGACGUCUUGAUCACACCGCUGGAGAAGUUUCGUAAUGAGCAGAUCGGAGCGGCCAAAGAAGGGAAAAAGAAAUUUGACAAGGAGACCGAGAAGUAUUACACAGUUUUGGAGAAGCACUUAAGCCUGUCUUCUAGAAAGAAAGAGUCCCUUUUGCAGGAGGCAGAUGCCCAGAUAAAUAAGGAAAGGCAGGUCUUCAAUGAUGCCUCUCUGGAAUAUGUUUUCAAAAUCCAAGAAGUGCAAGAGAGAAAGAAAUUUGAAUUUGUUGAGCCGCUCCUGGCAUUCCUCCAGGGAUUGUUCACCUUUUACCAUGAGGGUUACGAGCUGGCACAUGAGUUUGAGCCAUACAAGCAACAACUGCAGUUCAACCUUCAAAACACAAGGAAUAAUUUUGUGAGCACAAGACAGGAAGUGGAAAAUCUGAUGAGAAGGAUAAGGUCUGCGGAGCAGGACUUUAAAGCCCCAGGACAGUGGACUAUGGAGGGCUUCCUCAAUGUCCAGGAGAAGCGACCCCUGGGAUGCACAUGGAGUCGACAUUACUGCACAUAUGAGAAGGGGACCAAAAUGUUUACAAUGAGCAACUCAGAGUUCAAGUCUGGAGGCAAACAGAAUGGACUGAUCAUGAGUCCCCCUGAAAUGUUUAAGCUAAAGUCUUGCAUUCGACGGAGGACAGAUUCAAUAGACAAGCGGUUCUGCUUUGAUAUUGAGGUGGUGGAAAGACAUGGCAUCAUCACACUGCAAGCACUCUCUGAAUCCAACAGACGACUGUGGAUGGAGGCUAUGGAUGGAAAAGAACCGAUUUACACUCUUCCAGCCCUUCUGAGCAAGAAAGAGGAAACAUUCCUAAAUGAAGCAGGCUUUAAUUUUGUAAGGAAGUGUAUAGAGCUCGUAGAAGCAAGAGGCAUAAACACAAUGGGGCUGUACAGAAUAGGUGGGGUCAAUUCUAAAGUGCAACGACUUAUGACCUCAGUUUUUGCAGCCAAAGCUCCUACAGAUAUGGACCUUGACCCGGACACCUGGGAUAACAAGACCAUCACUAGUGGGCUGAAGAAUUACCUCAGGUGUCUUGCAGAACCCCUCAUGACUUACAGAUUCCACAAAGACUUCAUCAUGGCAGUCAAGUCUGAUGAUCAGAACUAUAGAGUCUGUGCUGUUCAUGCCCUCCUCCACAAGCUGCCAUACAAGAACAGAGAGAUGCUGGAUAUUCUAAUCAAACACCUGCAUGUAGUUUCCACACACAGCCAGAAGAAUCUGAUGACGGUGUCUAACCUGGGUGUGAUUUUUGGCCCCACACUCAUGCGAUCGCAGGAAGAGACAGUGGCUGCCAUGAUGAACAUCAAGUUUCAAAAUAUAGUUGUGGAAAUUCUCAUAGAAAACUAUGACAAGAUAUUUCACCAAGCUCCAGACCCUAACGUCCCCCUGCCACAGCCUCAGUCUCGCUCUCACUCUCAGUCUCGUACCAGCGCUCCUCGUAGCAAAGCCAUCUGCCUGUCCACAGGAUCCUGCAAGUCCAGAGGCCUGUACCCUCCCGCUCUGUGUCUGGCUGAUGCUGACAGUGACACAUUUAGUAGCAGUCCUAGCAGCACUCCCAUGGGCAGUAUGGAGUCUCUCUCCUCACACUCUUCAGAGCAGAACAGCUGUUCGAAGACGGGCUCCCCUUCGUGUUCCAAACACAUGGCAUCAGGAAGUCUGUGCUGGACGACUCACUCUCCCUCCUCUAAUGGGCCUAAAAGUUCUGCAUGCACCACCAGCCCUGACUCCAGCUCUAAAGAGGACACCACCAAGACAGAUGGAGAAUGGGAAGAGGCGUUAAGUACGAGCCCAGGGGAUCGAGGGUCACCAGUACCAGAGCUCCUCCAGAAGCCCCUAGGGGAGCGACUGGAGGAGCAUGGUGAGGAACAGCGCAGCCUGUCCUCCUGUUCUUCUCUCACUUCUCUCCAUAUCUCUGAAGGUUUCAGGAGCUGUCACGGUUCCAUUCAGAGUCUUGUAUCACAGGGUCAGAGAGACAGUCUGAAGUCCCUGCAUCUGCCAGAGCUUCCUUCUAAAGAGACCAUAAGAUACAGAGCUGAUUCUUCAGCCAGCAAUGGCUACCAGAGACCUGGAUCUAUAGUGGCCUCUCGGGCAGCAAUCUUUGAGAGCCCUGUGAUUUCCCAACCUCUUUUGGGAAGAGAGGCAAAAGCCUUGUACUCCUGUCAAGCAGAGCACAGUCAUGAGCUCAGCUUCCCUCAGGGGGCGCUCUUCUCCGACGUGUAUCCCUCUGUUGAACCUGGUUGGCUUCAAGCAGCAUAUGAAGGCAAAACUGGACUGAUCCCAGAGAAUUAUGUGGUGUUCCAGUGAUGGGGAUGAAAAAGACAAAGUCCAUGGUAUCCAUGGUGAUCAUUUCUGAAAAAAGGGACCAUUUAUGUACAUUAAUGCCAAACUGUAUAUAAAUAGUUUUAUUGCAUAGCAUUAUAACCAGAUCAUUAACAUUUCAUAUGAUAAUGUUUUUUAGGAUGUAGAUAUUACAUUUGUCUUAAAUGUAUUAAUAGAUUUUAUAGCCUUCUCAGUAUAUGCAGUUGACUGUAUUAACACACAAAAUGGUCCAUAAUGCUUAUGGACUGUGAUAUUUUAAAACUGUAAUUCAAGAGAUGAGGUUGCUCAUAACUCUGAUCAGCGCUGUGGUACGGAUCUGAAGGAAACUAUAGAUUUGUAUUAUAUAAAGGGAAAAUGGCACCUGUACUAUAAGCAUACAAAUUAAUUCUGUCUGUGCAUAAAAGUUAAUGAAAACCAAAUGCUAACAGCACUCCUGCAGAAGAUAUUAUUGUCCAAUGUAAUACACAUGUGAUUAUUAGUGGUAUAUUUUAUUUCCUUUCUUUUAAUUGGUACCAAAAGAAGGAACUUGUUUGGUAGAUGCAGGUCAUCUGUAAUUUCAGUCUUUUGCUAUAUCAUUGAGUACAGACCUUUUAUUUCAACAGUAGUAAAAGUGUUAUUGAAUCUUGACACAUGAGAGAAAUCAUGUGUUGUCACCCAUUGAAAUUCUGUGCAGCUGGUACAAAACAUAGUACCUCUAGAUUCUGAUUCUUCAAAAAAGGACAUUUUAGUGUUCUUAUCAUUUUUGUCCCCGUAUUUUAAUAAAAUAUCUUCAAAUAUAUUUAAUUAUACUAAUGUACUUUAUAAGUUUUGUGGUGUUUGUUAAAACAGUGUUAUUUGUGAGUGUAAUAUAGUGCAUUUUAAAUGAAGUACAAUCAAGAAAGAGAAAAUACUUCUGACGUGUUAAAUUUUGUUGUUGAGUAUGUCUCAUAUACAUGUGUUAUUUUGUGCUCGGGGAAAAAAAAAUGCAUUUUAUGUAAUGGUUCUGCUGUAUUUUAUUUUACAUUGGUUUAGCAUUUCAAUAUUUUUAAAUGGAAAAAAAUAUGAUAUGCAGACUAUAAUAAUGGUCAAUAACAUUAAACAAAGUAAUUUAAUGUUUGUCUGGUCAUUUUCG